AUGUCCACUGUGAGUCCGGCCGUAAAGCAUGCAGUGGAAAAGGCUAAGCCUGCGAAAGUAACGUACUUUCUUUUCAUCUUAAAAUCACUUCUAUUUCAUGGAUACUUCGUUCCUACAACACUCCUUCUUCUUCCGUUUGUGAUCCUCCGCUGUAUGAUCCCGUAUGGUCCAGGACGUUACAAGAAAUGGACUGUUAUGGAGACUGUGGGCGUUUAUUUGACACGUCGAGCCAUCCGAAACAUGUGCCGAUUUGGUAUGCAGCCAAUUCCUCCGCGUGAACAUGGCUGGCGUGAGUCAAACAACAUGCUUGGCGCAUUCCUGUCCUUGUUGAACAACUCUGGCCCUGGUGGAAUUGUAGCUAUGCCAUCGGCAGAGAUCCACCAGGUGGAAGAAAUGGUGAAGAGGGGUCGACAUGACCGUGAUUGGUUCAACCCACCGCCGCUGGAGGCUUUUAAAGGUAUUCUGUCGAUCAAGACCAGUCCAGAAGAUAUGGUGACAGACUCGGCUAUGUAUAAUGGCCCAGCAUUGGUGGAACCCAAGUGGGCUAAGACUCGUAUUCGUGGUUUGUGGUUCAUGAAAGAUGCCAAGAGUCAUGCACCCAAGCCAGGUCCUGCUGGUAGCCAAAAGCAACCUGUGCUUCUUUAUUUCCAUGGCGGCGCUGGUGUUACUUUCUCAGCAGGUGAUCCUUUCAUGGGCCAGACCCUGGCGAAGUCGAUUUCGCAAAUUGGCAAGAUGGAUAUGUUCUCAGUGGAUUACAACUUGGCGCCGUUUGCUCCGUACCCUGUGACCAUUGUCCAGGCUCUCGCUGGUUACUUGCAUUUGAUCAACCACUACGGCUACCACCCUUCGCAAAUCUUUAUUGGCGGUGAUAGCUACGGAGCCUGGCUCACCAUGCAGCUAGAGCACUACCUACGCACGGAUGGCAAGCAUAUCACAGAAGCAUUGAGCCACAAGAGUUCCUAUCCGUCUGGCGUGGCCGGCCUGUAUCUUUUGUCGCCAUGGCUCUACGUUUACGAUACCAAAAAGCCGUCUCGGUCUUAUGGCGGCAAUGGUAUGAAGUACGACAUUGUUGUGCUUGAGUUCCCGGCCUGGGGUGUUAGUGCUAUGAAGGUGGGUCCUAAGUACCAUAAGCGAUGCCCGCUUCCCCUGGAUAGUCCAUGGCUGAGCCCUGGCUGCAUGCCUAAGGAGGGUCUUUCCCAGCUUCCACCAGUCUUUAUGAUGCUGGGUGGUAUUGAGGCCCUGUAUGAUGAGGACAUGGAGUUUGCUCAUCAUUUGGAAGAGGCUGGUACAGAGCUUGAGCUUAUUGUGGAUCCGGAUGCUACACAUGACAUUGGUACUAUGGCCACAUUCUCGCGUCGUUUCCGCACCAUCUGUGAAGAAAGUGAGAAAUGGUUUGCUCGCAAAUCUCUGUAG